AUCUAUCGAGGAAUUGGCAGGGCGAAAUGAAUAUUUUACCCAAAAAACGCUGGCAUGUGCGCACCAAGGAUAACAUUGCCCGCGUGCGCCGGGAUCAGGCGGCUGCGGCAGCGGAGGAGAAAAUCCGCCAGGACAAAUUGGAAUUUGCGGAGAGCGAGGCACGAAUUAACUUCCUGCGCCGCCAGUCGGGUCUGCCGGAGAAGGUUUCCCGUCCCAAGGAAUCCGCAGAGAAGCCUGAAUCCAGCAGUGAACCCACCAGGGGAGUGGAUCUCUUUGCAGACUACAAGAGUGCCGUGAAGACCACCAACAAGGACCUGGAGAAGGAGCAGAAGGAGGAGCAGGAGAAGUACGAGAAGCAGAUCGGCUACCUCACCUACUUGGGCCAGGACACCAAUGAAGCUCUCAAGGUGCGCAGCUGGUACGAGGUGGCGCCCAAAAGGCCAGAAGUGGGGGAUCCCGCCGCUACAGAGGCAUAUCUCAAGCAAAAGCUAGCCCACGAUCCGUUGACCCUCAUCAAUGCCCUGCUGCCGCCGGAGAAGAAGGAUCCCAAAAGCGCCACCAAAAGAAAAAGGGAGAGGACACCCACUCCCCCGCCAGAAGCGUCAAUCUCCCACAAGCCCAAGAAAAGCAAGAAGGACAAGAAGCAGGGCAAGCACAAGAAACACAAGGGGCACAAGAGCAAAAAGGAUUCCAAGGAAACGCUUCUGGCCGCCGAACGGCAAAAGCGAGAAAAGCUGGAGAGGCUGAGGAGGGAACGCCUGCGACGGGAAACAGCGGAGCGCCAGCGCUCGGAGGCUCUGUUUGCUCCCAAGGAGCCCGCUGUGGGCGCCAGUGCCGCCUCCACGCCAGCUCCCACACCCAGGAUUGUCCAAAAGUACAACAGCCAGUUUAAUCCGGAGAUAGCGAAGCAAAAUAUGCUGUAGUUUGCGACAUAAGUAGGG